UGUAAAAUAUUGAUGUGAUCCCUAAAUACCUUUUUAAUCAUUCAAAAUACUUGUCCGUGCAGUUUCGUAUCAAUAAUACAAAUUAAAGUACAAACAGCCAUCACACCAAAAUCCAACUACACAAUCCUAAUGACAACAGCAGUCAAGCAGUACCACACUAACUUUAUACCUAUCUCUCUCCCUCUCUCUCUUUCGCUCUUCAUAUAUAAAUCUCCAGAGCUUCCUACUCUCAACCCAAUCUCUCUUCCUCUAUCUCUCUCUCUAUCUAUCUAUCUAGCUAAAAGAUACUUAUAUUAAUAUAUACAUACAUAUAGAAGACAUGCUGAGAGGAGAGAUUCUGAAAGCAUGGCUAAAGAGAUGUGGAAAGAUGAAUAAUGAAGUUUUACCUUCUGACGCAGAGUGUGAUAAGUGCUGGCAAUGGGCAUUCAGGUGGUCGUCAUCUUUCAUGCAUGGAGGAAAGGAGGAAGCAUGUAUUCCUAGAGAUGUCCCAAAGGGUCAUUUGGUGGUAUAUGUAGGUGAAAGCCAGAGGAGGUUUGUGAUCAAGGUGAAGUUACUAAAACACCCUCUAUUCGGUGCGUUGCUGGAUCAAGCUCGAGAAGAGUACGAGUUUACAGCUGAUUCCAGACUUUAUAUACCCUGCAAUGAGGAGAUCUUUCUUGGUGUAGUUCGGUGUGCCAUGACCCCACGGGAUCGAAGAAUCAUGUUUUGUUUUUGAGUCUUGUUGGGAUCGAUGUUCCUGCAAGACUGUACGUAAUUUGAUGUAAAGCGAUUAGUUACUAUUGUAUGCAACUAGCUAUGACUAUUAACUUUGAUGCAAGAAAAAAAUGGAACCUAAAUUUUUCAUGCUA